AUGGCGACUGUUCCGCCUUACAACAAUUACCAGUCGCCGCCUCCAGGCCCUCAGUUCGCGCAGCAGCCAGGGCAGGUCCCACCUGGACAACAACACCACGCCCAGUAUCCGCAAGCUCCGCCGGGACAAACACCAAUUCAGCAAUAUGCGCCCGCGCAACAUCCUCAAUACCAGUCGUCUCAAGGCCCGCCCGUGAACCAGAUCCCUCAAACUCCUCAAGCGCAUUAUUCGCAAUCUCCUCAAGGCCAAUACCCUCCUGCACCACAGCAGAUUCCAGGCCAGCAGCCUGUCUACCAGUCGCCAGCACCUGGUCACCCAGUGCAUCAAUCGCCGCAGCUGCAACAACACCCGGGCCUCCCUCAACAGCACGCUCCCAGCCAGCAGCCAAGCUACCAGUCACCCCAAUACGGUGUCGCAGCACCACCGACACCCGCCCAGCAUCAACAGCAAUACCAACAACAAGCCGCUCAAUUCGCGAAGCCUGCACAGCUACAAUCCACCGCACAGUCACUGUACAAAUCGGGAAAGGGCUUUCUGGGUAAUCUUGCCAGCAACAUCAAGAACAAGUACCCCGCCAACUCCAACGCACCAGCGACAUCCUCUACGACUUCAUAUACUGGUGAAGCACCAAAGCCGACGUAUAAUCCUGGGCAACACCCGACGCAGACGCCUUUGAGUCCUACCAACUCGUUUCCUCAAGGGUUUGGUCAGCAGGGUUAUCCUCAGCAUGCGCCGCCGACACCACAGCAGAGCGUCUCGCCUGGCGCUUCGGGCUAUCAUCCCGCGAUCGCGCAUCAAGGGUCGUUUCCGUCGCAGUCGCAAGCAAUUCCUGGACAGCCUCAGAUUGGACAGAAUGCUCCUCAAGACCAUCAGUCACAGCACUCCAUGAACGAGGUCUCUGCUCCCCCGGGCGCUGUUCCCCAGCAGGCUGUUCAAUCACCCACAGCGACCGUCUCGCCGUAUCCCCAGCCUAUGCUGCAUCACCAGCAAUCUAACCCAUACGCAACAACACCACCAGCUCAGUCGCCCCAAGGUGUGCCUGGCCAAGGUGUCGCGCAUUUGGGUUACGGACAAAGCCCUGCCCAGAUACCCCCACAACAGCAGUACCAUCCUGCUCCUCAGGUGCAUCCCCAGGCGUCAUCACCACAUCAGAUCGGUCCUGGCGCUCCGUACAAUCUGGCAGCGGCAGCAACCAGCUUGCAGACCACUGCGCAGCCAACAUAUCAGGUUGGUGCACCCAGCCAUGGGCCUCCAGGAAUGUACCAGCAGGCACAGAAUCAUCCAGGCGCUCCGGUUUCAAAUGUGUCGGCAACCUCCCCACAUGCCGCUCAAUUGAUCUCUCCAACAGGACCACCAUACCAAGUGCAGAACCCUUCGCAGCCUCUCUCGCCGUCGCAGCAGCACUUGCAGAGUCCUUUACAUCAAUCGCAACAGCCUUCGCACCAGGCUCCGCCCACACAGCAACAUGGCCAAUAUGCUGUACCGCCGACGCAGCCAGUCUCUCAGGCAGUCACGCAUCCGAUCGCUCAGACAGGCUCUGUCAAUCACGCACCGCAGACGAGUGCUCCGACACAGUCGCCGCAUCAGCAGCACAGCAUCUCUCCGAAUCACCAGCCGCUAGUCGGAGCUCCGUUAGCCCAGACUCAAUACGCACCUCAUGGCCAUCACUACUCGCCAUCUCAUGGGCAGCCUCCAUCCAACAUGGGCGCUCCAGCACCUGCACAGCAAGCGUCGACUCCUGGUCAGAGCCACAAUUCCCUACCUUCAUCGCCGCCAUUGCAAAACCUGAACCAGCCGAGUGGCAUCCUCCCUUCGGCACCAACGGCUGGCGAGUUCCAGCCUUAUAGCCCGAGUACGCUUCAGGCGCCGCCUCCACCACCACCCGGCCAGUACGGACACCCUGUGGCCAAUGCGAACACCCAGCACUAUCCACAAACUUCACCUUCAACCCAAGAAGAUCACACGUCUGCCGCACAUUUUGUGCCGGCGCCAGCGCCAGGCGCCGUUGGCCAGCCCAUCCAGCCCUACCAACCCUAUCAGCCGGCACAGCAAUCGCCUCAUGCCCCGCAACCUCCGCCGGUCAACGGCCAGCCCGCGGCGAAUGACCACCACCAAGACCCGGUUGACUCUCUGUCCACUCAGAUGCACAGUCUCAAUGUGCACAACGGGCACCAACAUCAACCCGUGCCUAAUACUAACCAAAUCCAUGGCCAAGAUGGACCGCGCGGGCCACCGCCCUGUCAGGCUACAGGCAUGGUCGUAGACACACUCCCAUACUGCCCUGAGAACAGAGUCGUUACAUACGCUCUUGACUGGUACCGCUUAGCUGUCGCACCACAGUAUCUCAUCUGUACAAGAUGCUACGCCGACCAUGUCGCGGGCACUCAUCUCGCUGGACAUUUUGAACGAUACCAUUCUCCAGAGGGCACUGACUCUAAGUGUGGCUUCUGGUCGCCACGUGCAAGAGAAGUCCUUUGGCCUCAGGCUCUACAGACCAAUGGUAUCGGCUAUCUACGCGCGUUCGCAGAGAAGAGCCUGGCUGCACCUGACUGCAAGGGAAGAGUUUUUAGUACAGCUGCUGAUGGUGUCAAGUGGUGGGGUAUGAUCAACAACGAAGUCGACGGAUUCAUCUCUUGCGAUGCCUGCUACGAGGAUCGUAUUGCCGGCACACCUUUUCAGGCUCGCUUCUCUCCGUAUCGCCAGCAAGGCCCGGAGGAAAAGUGGAUGUGCGACUUGUGUAUUCCGUACCUCUCAACGGCGAUUGUCAAGAUGUCUAAGCAGGACCACUGGAACGGCUUCGUGGAAGCAGUCAAAGCGCGCAUUCAUCUUCCUGUAUGUGAAGGACGAGAUGAAGAGUCCAACAAUGGCCAUUGGAUUUUUCCACGUCGCAGGAUCGAGAACAUGACGAUUUGCGAGACGUGCUACCUAGAUAAGCUUGCCUUGACACCCUUUGGCAACGAGUUUGAGCGCCACGCCCGAGCUGAAGGAUUUGAUGCUUUCUUGAACUCACUGGGUCAGAAAUGGAAGUGCAGCAUGACGGACACAGCUGUCAACAUGAGCGUCGCUCUCGAGGCAGCUAUCUACCGUCGCGACUUUGAAGUCUUUUGGAAGGCGGCUAAUGCCAUAUGUGGACUGGUCCCUUGUACCGCGAAUGGAAUCGUUGGGGGCAAAUGGUGGACUGUUGCAGGUGGCUGCCCCGAUCUUGACGUUUGCGAGGCAUGUUACAAGGGUAUCCUCGAGACCUCUAAUCUCGAGCGCUUCUUUGAGCCUGCUCAGCGAGACCCAGCUGCGACCAUCGUCUGCAACUUCUGUCCUGCGAGCCCGCGGUGGGGCAUGUUCAUCACCAAGUUCGCCGAAGCCAUGGACAAGGGUGUCUUCAGCUACUACACGGACUAUGUCAAGAAGUGGGCUGGCGUGCCAACCUGUCCUGGUAUUCGGAACAAGGGGAAGAGUACAUGGUGGGGACACCCGGAGGCCCUUGCCUGUGAAGACUGCUGGCUCAACUUUGUCGCCGACACUCCUCUCGGACCGACCGUUCCCGUCAAGGGCGUCUACGAUGAGCGAACCCUGAUCUGCCAACUAUGGUCUCCAAGGAUGCGCAACAUGUGGCUCGCAGCCUGUGCCGCCGGGCCUCCCGGAUCGCCAGAGUCAGAGAAAGCCCUUGAUGACUUCCGCGCUUUCGGGACCAAGCGAGUACAAGUGUACAACGCUACCAUACCGCAUAUCGAGAUGAUUGAACAAAUGAUGAUAAUGAAACGAAUGCAGGCUAUGCAGCAAGGUCAAUUGAGUCUUAUGUAUCAGGGCAUGAACUCAACGUCGUCCAUCAUGGGAACGACCGACGGUAAUCUGCAUGGCAAUAGUUCUGUUGGAUAUUAUGAGACCGAACAUGGUGUUACUGCUGCGAAUAUGAUGAACAACAUGCAUGCUGGGAUGGCGGAUGCGAAUAAGAUGAGUGAUUGGAUGCAGAUUGCGCAGUUGAAGGCUGCUUGGAUGGAGGUAGAGUAA